CAAGCCCACGCCCUUUCCUCGUAUCAACCGCUGUCGAAUUGCGCCGCCAUGGAGUCUUCAGUCCCCCCUCCACCUCCACCCCCCGAGGAGCGCGAAGUCACAAACCCCGUGAAAAGAAUCCGAUGGGCAACACAUCGCGCCACAGGCCUCAAAGCGGAUAACAAACGGCAGUCACUCAAGGACCGGUUACAUCGACGAAUGGGGUCCAUCAACGAGAAAAAGAGAGAAUCGAUAGGGAAAGAAACAGCCGGGACUGAGAAUGGGGACACCACCAAUUCGGACGCUGGAAGCGAUGAACAGGAAGGCGGACGAACCGUAUACUUUAACAUCCCACUACCUGCACACGAGCGCGACGAGGAUGGCCAUGCCAAAAACCAUUACGCGCGAAACAAGAUAAGAACAGCCAAAUACACGCCUUUGAGUUUCAUUCCAAAGAAUCUGUGGUUCCAGUUCCACAACAUCGCAAAUGUUUAUUUCGCAUUCAUCAUUAUCCUCGGUAUCUUCUCUAUAUUUGGAGCUUCUAAUCCCGCGCUCAAUGCCGUACCGCUGAUUGUAAUUCUCAUUGUGACCGCCAUCAAAGACGCUAUUGAAGACUGGCGAAGGACAGUUCUCGAUAAUGAAUUGAACAACGCUCCCGUUCACCGCCUUGUUGAUUUCAACAAUGUCAAUACUGCCGAGGACACUGUUUCCUUGUGGCGGAGAGUCAAGAAGGCCUGUACCAAAGCCGUCGUUUCCACUUAUCAUUUGUGGAAGUAUCGAGGUGCGAAGGGUAAAGAAGGAAGAGCACGAGACAUUGGCGUAUCCCGGCCCUCAAUUGAGACAAGGAGGGCUUCGGUAGCGACACACAGAUCAUCGUAUACCACAGGAGAGCCCGGUAUUCAGAUGACCCCCGUUCCCUCGCCUUUGCCUGGAUCUUCUCCUCGCGAAUCAUCCCUUCCUACCGAUGCCGUCAAUGUCGGAGGGCACACCCACAUGAAAGAAGGAGACAAGUCGCGCGGCCCUGAUGUGCAAGUCCAAUCCAAGUUUUGGGGCAGUGUACUUGACCCUUACAAGACAACUCCCGGCAAAGCCCGAUUCAAGAAGGAUGCCUGGAAAAACGUCCAAGUAGGCGACUUUGUUCGCUUGUACAGUGAUGACGAGAUCCCGGCUGACAUGGUGGUCCUGUCUACUUCCUCGGACGACGGAGCCUGCUAUGUGGAAACAAAAGGUCUCGAUGGCGAAACUAAUCUCAAGGUCCGAAAUGCUUUGCACGCUACUCGGGAUGUAAAGCACGCGCGACACUGCGAGCAAGCUGAUUUCUGGAUCGAGAGCGAGGCACCGCACUCCAACCUGUACGCCUACAGUGCCGUCAUACGCUGGAUGCAGCAUAAUGCGAAGGACCCGAAUGCUGCACCUUACGAAAUGGCCGAGCCUAUCUCGAUCAACAACCUGUUGCUUCGUGGAUGUCAGCUACGCAACACGGAGUGGGUUCUGGCCUGUGUUGUCUUCACUGGUGAAGAGUCGAAGAUCAUGCUCAACUCUGGCAUGACCCCAAGUAAACGUGCCAAAAUGAGCAAAGAUCUCAACUGGAAUGUUGUGUAUAACUUCUUCAUUCUAUUCGGCAUGUGUCUCGUCUCUGGAAUUGUUCUCGGUGUGUUCUGGAGCAAGCCUGACACGUCUCAUUCCCUAUUCGAAUUCGGAUCCUAUGGCAACGACAAUGCCACCAUUGACGGAGUGAUCGCCUUUUGGGCUGGUAUCAUUCUGUUUCAGAACUUGGUGCCCAUCUCACUCUACAUCACCCUCGAAAUUAUCCGGACACUUCAAGCCUUCUUCAUUUAUAGUGAUGUUCAAAUGUACCACGCUCCUUUGGAUUACCCGUGCACGCCUAAAUCUUGGAACAUUUCCGAUGACGUUGGGCAGAUUGAGUACAUUUUCUCGGACAAAACUGGAACAUUAACCCAGAACGUUAUGGAAUUCAAGAAAUGCACAAUCAACGGAGUCCCUUAUGGCGAGGCCUAUACCGAAGCUCAAGCCGGCAUGCAGCGAAGACAGGGUGUCGACAUCGAGACUGAGGGUGCUCGAGCACGCGAGCAAAUAGCUCGGGACCGCGCGCGUAUGAUUGAAAAAAUGAGGAAGAUGUACGACAACCCUUAUCUGUGGGAUGAUGAUCUUACUUUUGUUGCUCCCGAUUUUGUAGAAGAUCUUGCUGGAGAAUCUGGCCAUGAGCAAAGAAUGGCCAACGAGAAAUUCAUGCUCGCCUUGGCUUUAUGUCACACCGUCGUCACCGAGCGAACCCCCGGCGAUCCACCAAAAAUUGAGUUCAAAGCCCAAUCUCCCGACGAAGCAGCCUUGGUUGCAACUGCACGCGAUGUAGGCAUCACUUUUGUUGGUCGAGAAGAUGACCGUCUGAUUCUCAAUUGCUUGGGAGAAGAACGUAAAUAUACGGUACUCAACACACUCGAGUUCAACUCCACACGAAAGCGAAUGAGCGCCAUUAUCCGAAUGCCUGAUGGGAAGAUCAAACUACUCUGCAAAGGUGCUGAUAGUAUGAUCUAUUCGAGACUCAUUCCUGGUGAACAGCGGGAACUUCGGGCAACUACUGGCGAGCACCUCGAAAUGUUUGCUCGAGAAGGUCUUAGAACGUUGUGCAUCGCCGAAAAAGAUAUUCCCGAGGAAGAAUAUCAGGCUUGGAAUAGAGAUUAUGAUAUGGCUGCCAAUGCGGUUGCUGGUCGCGAAGAGAAAUUGGAAGAAGUGUCCGACCGCAUUGAAAAUCAACUAUAUCUAAUAGGCGGAACUGCUAUCGAAGACAGAUUACAGCAGGGCGUUCCCGAUUCUAUCUCUCUUCUCGGCAGAGCUGGAAUCAAACUCUGGGUACUCACAGGUGACAAGGUGGAAACAGCCAUCAACAUCGGGUUUUCUUGCAAUCUUUUGGACAACGAUAUGGAUUUGAUUCUUUUCAAAGUAGAAGACGAAAACCUGGCUACGGCCGAAGCCCUACUGGACGAGAAACUCGCAAUCUUCAACAUGACUGGAUCUCAAGCAGAGUUGGACAAGGCUCAAAACGACCAUCAACCACCACCUCCAACCCAUGCAAUCGUUAUCGAUGGAGACACUCUCAAGCUGUGCUUGGAUGAUUCUAUCAAGAGAAAGUUCCUCUUGCUUUGUAAACAAUGUCGAUCUGUGCUCUGCUGCAGAGUCAGUCCAGCUCAAAAGGCUGCUGUUGUUAACAUGGUCAAGACUGGGCUAGAUUGUCUCACACUCGCCAUAGGAGACGGUGCGAAUGACGUUGCUAUGAUACAGGAAGCACAUGUCGGCGUUGGCAUUGCUGGCGUGGAAGGUCGCGCCGCCGUCAUGUCCUCGGAUUAUGCCAUUGGUCAAUUCCGUUUCCUUACUCGUCUGGUUCUCGUUCACGGACGCUGGUCUUACCGUCGAUUAGCCGAAACUAUCGCCAACUUUUUUUACAAGAAUAUUGUCUGGACUUUUGGCCUCUUCUGGUACCAAAUCUACACCAAUUUUGACAGCCAGUACAUCUUCGACUAUAGUUACAUCAUCUGGUUCAAUCUGGCAUUCACAUCGCUCCCGGUAAUCCUUAUGGGUGUUCUUGACCAGGAUGUAGAUGACCGUGUUUCACUUGCCGUGCCCCAGCUAUAUACUCGGGGUAUUGAGCGGAAGGAGUGGACGCAGUGGAAGUUCUGGUCGUACAUGCUUGAUGGAGUCUAUCAGUCAGCCAUUGCCUUCUACUUCGUCUACUUGAUAUUUGCCCCUGCAACAUUUGCCACCGCGAGUGGGUUGGACCUGGCCGAACUGAAGCGUAUGGGAAUCACCGUGGCAACCAUCGCAGUCUGCGCGGCGAAUUUCUUCGUUUUAUUCAACACUUUCCGCUGGGAUUGGAUCAUGGUCCUCGUGGUUAUCAUCAGUACUCUCUUCAUCUGGUUCUGGACGGGUAUCUACACUACGUUUCCGUCCAGCGCCCAAUUCUACAAAGGCGGCGCCGAGGUAUACGGCUCACUGUACUUUUGGGCAGUGCUUUUUGUGGCCCUCAUUGCGUGUCUUCUCCCUCGGUUUAUUGCGAAGUCCACCCAGAAGAUGUUCUUCCCUCUCGACGUGGACAUCAUCCGAGAACAAGUCAAGCAAGGCAAAUUUGACUAUCUCAAAGCCUCGGAUUCAUUCAUUCCUCCACCGCCAGGCAAAGUCGUGUCAAAAGCACCAUCUGAUGCAUCCAAAUACAAAGCUGCCAACGCGCAGGAGGGUGACGAAGAUGUUCGGCCCUUUUACCCUCCUUCGGUUGCUCCUACAGCCACUACCCACAACCCGAGGAGUCAAAAUGGGAGCAACAGUACUGACGGGUAUACAUACCGUCCCUCUCUCGAAGCUAUUCCACAGGCACCAAAUCCGGCCCAUCGUAUGUCAAUGGACCGGCCGCGACCAUCGUUUGAUCGAGCUCGGAUGUCUAUGGACCGAGUAAGACCAAGUUUCGAAUGCAGCAAUGACUUCACUUCGGCAGCCAUGCUGACACGGAUGGAGUCAUCGCAUAGUCGCAAUAGCUACGGUGGACCGCCGCCUCAACAGGAUGGUCGGGCCAUGAGUCGGCUACGAAAUGUGUUUAGGAGACCAACCGUCACACGAGAGGAAGCACCAGAGCACCUCCGUGAAAACCAUGAUACCCCACCACCAGUGCCCGCAUUGGAACGCACUGAUCUUCCUGGCAGUCCGCGGAGUCCAAAGCGGUAG